AUCAAGAGGAAUCAAAGUUAGAAAUCAAAUAGAUUUCUAACUUUGUUAUGAUUAAUCAUAGAUACAGGAACACAAUUACAAAUAUAAAAACAUAUCCAGGGGCGGAUUGUGGCAGUGACCACAACCUCUUGCUCUCUGUGAUUCAGGUUAAAUUGAAGCACACAAAAAGAAAUAGAAAUGAAAAAAGACUGAGAAUUGGUGAUUUGAAGAUAAACAGCAUUAGGGAAAAAUAUGAGAGUAUGACUAAUAAUAGACUUCAAAAUUUAAAUUUGGAAGAAAGUGUGGAAGAACUUUGGGAGAAUAUGAAGGGGGAAAUUAGAGAAAGUGCUUACCAGGUUUUAGGAGAGAAGAGAAGAAAAGCAAGGAGACCUUGGAUUACUAAAGAAGUGUUAGAGAAAAUGAAUGAAAGGAGAAGAUGGAAAAGUGCAAAUACACUAGAUGCUAAAGAAAAAUAUAGAACAAUCGAUAAGCAAGUGAAAAGUAUGGCAAGAAAAGCUAAGGAAGACUGGCUAGAUAGAAUCUGCUAUGAAUUAGAAGAACAUGAAUCGUCACAAAAUCUGAGAAAGGUCUAUCAAAAUAUUGAUUUAAUCUCAAGAAAGAAAAGAAGAGUGAAAAUUGGGACAAUAAAGAAUGAGAAUGGAGAAAUCUUAAUGCAGAAGGAAAGGCAAUUAGUAAGAUGGAAUGAAUAUCUGACAAAACUUUAUAAAACAGAAGAUAACAUGGAAUGUCAACUGGAGGAGGAAUAUGACAAUGAUGAAACCCCUAAAUUUCUGGAGGAUGAAGUUGAAGUAGCCUUGAAAAAAUUGAAGAAUGGGAAGGCACCUGGAAUUGAUGGCUUACAAGGGAAAUUGCUUAACUCAAUGGGUUCUGAGGGAAGAAAGAUUAUGAGUCAUGUUCUUAAUAAAAUUCUAGCAGGAGAACAACUACCCACAGACUUUAUUAAUUUAAUAUUUAUACCUAUACCCAAAAUAGAAGGAACACUGGAAUGCGACAAACAUAGAAUAAUAAGUUUAAUAAGCCAUAUCUCAAAAGUUUUAACUACUACUAUCUAUAGUAGAAUAGAACUGAAAAUUGAAGCAGAACUAAAUAAUACACAAUUUGGAUUUAGAAAAAACAAAGGAACUAGAGAGGCCAUUACAUUAAUUAGACUUAUUGGUGAAAACAUGAUUGAAAAAAAAUAGGGAUCUUUAUCUGUGCUUUGUGGACUAUGUAAAGGCGUUUGACAAUGUUAAUCACACAGUUUUAUUUGAAAUACUUCAAAAAAUCGGAAUAGAUAAAAAGAUAAUUAAAAUUAUUCUCUCUUUAUACAAAAAUCAGAAAGCAAUAAUAAAAAUUGAUGAAGAAGAAUCCAACUGGAUAAGGGUGGAAAAAGGAGUGAGACAGGGAUGCGGACUUUCGCCACUGCUAUUUAAUAUUUACAGUGAGUGGAUGAUGCGAGAAGCACUUGAGGAUUGCAACAAAGGAGUGAAAAUCAAUGGAUGCUUGAUAAAUAAUAUAAGAUAUGCUGACGACAUAGUCCUGCUGGGUGAAAGUAAAGAGGGAUUACAGAAAAUUCUGAAUCGACUGUUCAAAACCGGAUUGGAGAAAUUCCAUAUGAAAAUAAAUGAACAGAAGACAAAAGUAAUGAAGGUUUCAAAGA